GGCAGUUGAUCUACAGCCCGCCUCCCGCCGCGGAGCUGCAGGCUGAAGCCCAGGCUUGUGCAGCCAGGGGUGCAGGAGGGUAGGGGCAAGCCCAGAAAGUCGGGGACACAACGCUGUGCCGCAUUGUGCCCACCCCCCGUCUCCCGACACCAAGGCUGCUCAAGCCCAGGGUGUUUUUUUCCUUUUCACUGCCACCUCCCAGUCCUUGGCCCAACAUGAUACUGACUAAAGCCCAGUACGACGAGAUAGCCCAGUGCCUAGUGUCUGUGCCGCCUACCAGGCAGAGCCUGAGGAAGCUGAAGCAGAGGUUCCCCAGUCAAUCGCAGGCCACUCUGCUGAGCAUCUUCUCCCAGGAGUACCAGAAACAUAUUAAGAGAACACAUGCCAAACAUCAUACUUCGGAAGCGAUUGAAAGUUAUUACCAGAGGUAUGACCUGCCUGCCCCGCUAGAGGAUGAAGAUCAGCUCCGUGCAAAGGGUUAUGACAAAACACCAGACUUUAUUUUACAAGUACCCGUUGCUGUAGAAGGGCACAUAAUUCACUGGAUUGAAAGCAAAGCCUCAUUUGGUGAUGAAUGUAGCCACCACGCCUACCUGCAUGACCAGUUCUGGAGCUACUGGAAUAGGUUUGGGCCGGGCUUAGUCAUCUACUGGUACGGAUUUAUCCAGGAGCUGGACUGUAAUCGGGGAAGGGGUAUCCUGCUUCACGCCUGUUUCCCCACCGACAUCGUCACCUUAUGCCAUAGCACUGCUUCACCCUGAUGGUCCUGGAAGAGAAGCUGGGAGGAAAAGGUGAAUCCGGAAGCAAUUUCACUUUCCUGCGGUGUAAACUCCUGGCAGCAUCUGCCCUGAACUUCAGCUGAACUCUCGCUGCCCGUGGUCACACCACUACCUCUUUAGACAAACAUAUCAAGAGUUUCUGUUUUCCUUCAUCCCUUUUGCUCAUGUGAACAGCCAAGAACUACAGACACAGCCCACUCAUUAUCAGCAUUUCUGUCUCUGUCAAACAGUUAGUUUAUAGAUAGUCAUAAUCUUUCUUCCUUCCGGAUGGUUUCUCCUUAUAUACUGAACAAAAGAAAAAAUGUGGAGACUGAAAGGUGUGAUUUUUCAAUUCUCCUCCCAGUUACUGAAUCGCCCUCUUAUUUUUUUUUUUUUGUAAGCCUCCUUUCAUUCUCUCUCCCUCCCCCUUUCUCUUCAUGUACACUCACAGAUACCCGGGGUGGCGUUACUGUCAUGGAAUAACCUAGCACAGUCCCAGCAAAGCCGAAAUCAUGAAGGCUGCAACUAGAUUUUCGCUCUCACCUGCAAGGGCAGAUCUUGCUGGGAGCCUGCGUUUGUUUUGUCCAGUCUUUAUGGUUUCCUGACUUCUAUGGCAGUAAGCCAAGCUGAAAAAAAUAUACUUGAUGAGAAUUUCCUCUUUCUAUAAUACUUAUUUGAACACCAAACAUUUUCCAUUUAUCUCAUUUAAAAGCAUUAGUUACGUUGUGUCUGGAAACCACACUCCUUCUUUGGAUUGGGGGCUGAGGGCAGACGACUGAAGCUGGGUACCAGCCUUGACAAGAGUUUAUUUUUAAACGUAACUAGUUGUCAGUAUGUAUGGUAGUGAGUAUUUUUAUGAGUAAAAUUUUUCAAAAGCACAUUCUGGACCCUGCUUCGUAUCUGCAUUUUAUACCGCAUAAUUAUAUAACACUCAAAUAAUUUAGGCAUUAGGAUUGUUCGGCUUUGAAUGAAUUAAGUGUACCAAAAGUAAACCUAGAGCAAUUUUCAAGUAAGCAAAAUAAAAGAAGUUUUGUAUUUGUUCACUUUCA